GCAUAACGCCUCAUAGAGUCCUCAACCUCAUACCCACCAACCCCAACUUUCUUCCGCCCAACUCUUUGCGCUUCCGCCACACCGCCUUUCUUUCACUCAGUCACCCCGCACGCGACUCGGCGAGCGCACGCGCCAUGCCCCAGUGACAGUGACAGUUGAGUUGACAUUUGACAGUGCCACCAUGAAGCUAAUACUUGUUAUGUUGGCGGUCAGCGCUGUGCUUGCGCGGGCGCAGGAGGAUUCGUUCGCGAGCUCCUUUCUUUCCGGUCUACUGGACACAUUGGACACACAAGUUGACGCCAAGAACUGCCCCGGCGUGUGCAUGCACGCUAUCGCGUCGCUCAUCUGCUCCAACGUGCUCGACGAGGUCGAGUGCCCCAACCCCUCCAUGAAGUGCUGCGUCGACGAGCCGCUAGGUCAGUACCUCAUGUUUAUGAACUGUCCCGGCGUGUGCAUGCACGCCAUCGCGUCGCUCAUCUGCUCCAACGUGCUCGACGAGGUCGAGUGCCCCAACCCCUCCAUGAAGUGCUGCGUCGACGAGCCGCUAGGCAACGACACGGUGUCGACGACGCGGCGGCCGUUCACGACGCGCUACACGACGCCCGAGGAGGACGAGGAGGACCCCACGACGCCUGCGCCAGACAGAUACAAAGACAGUGGUAACAUCGCGUGCCCGGGCACGUGCGUGGAAAACCGUCUCACACAGUACUGCGAGGCGUACCUAACGUCACGGGACCUCUGCGUGUCCGGGCGGUUGUGCUGCGUGGCCAAAGAUGGCUACGGGGACCGGCGGCCGGCGGACCUGGUGGUUCCUAGCGAGAAUAAGAAGCACACUAAGAGACCUAGCACUGCUUUGACCACAACAACAGCACCAUCAAAAUACAAGGGUCCCACGCGCAAAUGCCGCGGCGACUGCAUCAGCGGUCUGUUCGCUCUGCUCUGCGACCACGUGGACGAGGACGCCUACUGCCCCGGGGAAGGGACGUGCUGCGCCACGGAACCCAAGGGAGAGCAGACUACCACCAGGCGCCCGCCUACCACGCCCAGACCUACCACGCCGGCACCGCUGCCUCGCUGCCCGGGCUACUGUCUCCUCAACAUCAUGGCGGCGUUCUGCGAGCGGCCCGCCGUGCUAGUUUCCCAUACGCAGUGCAAAACUAGCGGCUCCGUUUGCUGUGAUAAUAUCCCCCCGCGCACCACUCCUUGGCCCACCACCACGACACCCAGCACGACGCCCCCGCCCGCCGACCCGCGCCCCGACUGCCCGGGCUCGUGCAUCGUCUCCCUUCUGUCCUUCACGUGCUUCCGCAACGCAGAAAUGACGGACGUGUUUAAGUGCAAGAAGGCCGGCACGCAAUGCUGCGCGCCCAAGUCUAAAGUGCUGGAGGUGACCGGUGUGCAGAGGAACGACACCUACCCCCUCGCCACCCCGCAGUACGAGCCCUACACCACCACGCCGCACCCCCCGCCCAUGAGUAAUAGUAAUAAUGCAUUGUUUUUGGUUCCAGCUGUACCUUAUGAACCAACCUACGGCUCAACGAUAAGAGUGCCGGAAAAAUACAACAAAUACGUGUGCGGAGUGAAAGGGAGUUCGUCCCGCAGCUCGCGGCGGCUCGGGCGCGUGAUGGGCGGCGAGGACGGCGAGCGCGGCGAGUGGUGCUGGCAGGUGGCGCUCAUCAACUCCCUCAACCAGUACCUGUGCGGCGCCGCGCUCAUCGGCACGCAGUGGGUGCUCACGGCGGCGCACUGCGUCACCAACAUCGUCCGCUCCGGCGACGCCAUCUACGUGCGCGUUGGAGACCACGACCUCACCCGCAAAUACGGGUCGCCCGGCGCUCAGACCCUACGUGUGGCCACCACCUACAUCCACCACAACCACAACAGCCAGACGCUGGAUAAUGAUAUAGCACUGCUCAAGCUACAUGGGAAGGCGGAGCUCAAAGAAGGAGUGUGCCUGGUGUGUUUGCCGGCGCGGGGAGUGAGCCACGCGGCGGGCAAAAGGUGCACCGUCACCGGGUACGGAUACAUGGGCGAGACUGGUCCUAUCCCAUUGCGAGUGCGAGAGGCUGAGCUCCCGAUAGUCAGCGACGCAGAGUGCAUCCGGAAAGUGAACGCUGUGACUGAAAAGAUUUUCAUCCUGCCUGCCAGCUCGUUCUGCGCGGGCGGAGAGGAGGGCAACGAUGCCUGUCAGGGCGACGGCGGCGGGCCGCUGGUGUGCCAGGACGACGGGUUCUACGAGCUGGCGGGGCUGGUGUCGUGGGGCUUCGGCUGCGGCCGCCAGGACGUGCCGGGCGUCUACGUCAAGGUGUCUUCGUUCAUCGGCUGGAUCAACCAGAUCAUCUCCGUCAACAACCUAUAGUAUUAGACGUUACUAGAACUCUUUUCAAAAGUCCAGGGUUUUUUACGUUCACAUUGGACUCACCGGCGGUUCACCACGAGCCAUCGAUACGCGUCCAAUAUAUGAAUAGUGUUCACAUUUCACUCUAGAAAGUCAGGUUCAGGUACUAGAGCCUGACCAAGCUAAGUUGGCAACGUUAAGAAAACGUCAUAAUUUCAUAGAAGUUUGACGUUUAAAAUAACACUGGCACCGUUUGGGCUAUCAAAAUCGCUACCAACUUAGCUUGGUCUACGAGUAUAUUUGACGCUCCAUAAUUUACAUGAAAAUGUGCCCAAAAUGUUAACGCACCCUUUAAUGUCAAAAUCCAAUUAAUACCUGGUACCUACUCAGGCCGCGUAGCCAACAUGCCAAUCGCUUACGCUCCGUAUCGAUCGAAAUGCAACUGUCAUUGUCGCAUUCAUACGGAGAUAGAGAGACACAAAGCGUUUGGUUGUCGUAGCGAUAGCGAUUGUCAGCUUGGCUAGGCCGGCAGUUCUGGAAGGGUUUGAGUUGGGAUUAUCUGCUAGAGUGAAAUAGUAAUACCUACAUUUACCUAAUAAUUUCUCAAUCUAGCAUAUAGCAGGAUUGCAUGAAGAAGCAUGAGAAUUAGCAUUACUAAACACCAUCUAAAAAUUACGUUUAUGGAAUUGAAACAGUCACGAAUUUCCAUAUUGUGAAAACCUAGAAUAUAAUGAUGUUUUGUGAUUCAUUUGAAAAUGAUUUUGAUUGUGAAUCGUGUAACAGUUGACAACUUCUGCAGGUUUUGCAAUUCGCCCGAGUUUGCGACUACGUAGCGAAAAUAAAUAAGAAAUAUGUAUUAGAAGUGCAACAUCAACUUCGGUCUGAGUGUAAAUAAAUAAGCUCUUAUUAAUUAAGUUAAUAUAAGUUAGGAAUAUUUAAUUUAUUUCGGCGGCAUUUAUUUUUCUCCCACCACUUAUUUAUUCUGCACCCGGUUGGAGGCCAUUUGUGUUUGAUUAAUGUGAAGAUCUCUGUGAUCUAGGUUUAACCCGAGGUCCACGAAAACCCGUUCCGUGCGUGUACAGUCGCCAUCAGAUAUAUCGGAGUGGCCAAGGUGUUCACAAAAUCUGAACACGCACUCUAACUCCUUGACAAUAGAGGCGUGUUCAGAUAUUUGUGAGCGCCUUGGCCGCUCCUAUAUAUCUGACGGCGACUGUACCUACGCUCAACGUUGACGCUUUCGAACUUAGAGCGUACGCUAGUAACUGGAGUAGCCUUAUUAAAUUAUUAUUAAAAUAUCUGCCAAGUUUUGCGGGAAGGUGAAGAAAUGAAAAGAGUUCUGUGUUGAAACACGAAGAUUCACAUUUAAAUAAAAAUACAUUUUCAUUUUGACGCACACAUACAUGUCAUUAUCACACAUGGUAAUGUCUUUAUAAGAUUUUUUGCACAUUGUGCAUGGUUUUUGAGUACUGAAAGGCUACUCCGGUUACUGUUUUCUC